AGUCUGAAAUAGGCUUAACCAAUAAAAGGCGAUGCUUCUCGCUCAAUAUUUUGUUGUCGCAUCCUUCUAAAAAAAUCUAUUUUUAAUUUAAUGGUUUCCCAUUGAAAUACGUGCGUAAACAUUAGUGCGUUAUGUCGGUUGGCCUCCGCGGAGUAUCUUCGUCCUCAGAGACCAUGUCCGAGAGCACGUUAGAGAGAAACCGAGCUGAAAAGGCUCUGAUAACAAAAACUCCAACGCAUACGUUACUCAAAAGUAAUAUUAAAAAUUAUUCGGACAGGAACGGGAACGAUGUCACGGAAACCGUACACAGAGGGAGGAAAACCUUCGCAUUUUGGACUCUCGUUUGUCUUUUAUUCGUAUUGGCUAUCGGGAACUUAAUUCUGACAUUCACGAUACUAGCCGUCUUGAGAUUGGGACAAGGUCUAGAGAGCAUGGAGUUUCUUCCGGAACACAAUGCUAUAAAGUUCUUUGGUAAAACCAACUUGGAGAAUGUAUAUAAGAGAGACGGUUUGAUUGAGAGCUUCAGUGAUACACCCAUGAGCAUAACCAGCGAGAAUGGCUCUGUUCUAUUCAAUCUACAGACUAGACUAUCACGAUCGGACACGAAACUGCUAAUGAAUUCGUCCGGGGUCUUCAUCCGCGGCGUGAACUCGUUGGAGCUGAUCAGCCUCGACUCCGGGGAGGCUGCGUUCAGCACAGCAUCCCCCGAGAUCAAUAUACACGAGCCGAUCAACAAUUUGCAGGCGAAACAAAUAUCGACUAAGCGCGUCACCUCGCCGAUAGACCAAGACCUGAUAUUGCGUUCGGAGUCAUCAGCCCACCUCCGCGGAGCCGAGGGGACGCACAUGGAGUCCAAGAAACUCCACUGGAGCGCCGACCAGGACGUGUACUUGAGGUCAAUUAACGGCUCUGUGAUCCUAAGCGGCAAGGAGGGAGUCUAUGUCGACGUCAGAUAUUUGCCGAUAGCAAUGCCUCUGAACAGAACUGAUAAACUUCAGGGGGUAGGUCAGUUCAAGGUAUGCGUCUGCAUGCCCCAAGGGAAGCUUUUCAGGGUAGCAGUGCCGAAUGGCCAGAAGACCCUAUGCUCCCACGUUAAUAUGACAGGGGAUCUGAAUCCGUGCCUGUAAGGGCUUUGAUCGCUGUGGCUAAAUGAAGAUUUCGGGUCAUACAGUAAAAGCUUCUUUACUAGAGAUGAAACGGGUAUACGGUAACUAUACGGUAUCCGGCCAUGUUUUCACUAUCCGGCCGGAUGCCGAUUUACUAUCCGGUAUCCAGCCGGAGUUAUAGUAAAAUUUUAAAAAUAGGUUAUGGACAACGUUUGUUUUUAUAAUCGCACGUCAAAAGUGAUUGUUUUAUUAAUUAGUUUAUUUAUUAAUCAAAAUUAACAAGUGGCAAAUUGUGGUAGAAUGAAUAUCAAAUUGUUGUCGUACCGAGUCGUCGCGGUCUCCGCUCACGUGCGAUAACACCCGAACGCGCACGAAUAUCUCCGAAAGGGCCAAAUAUUCGGCCAAACCACUAUCCUUUUCAUCUCUACUCUUUACAUAGAUAAUACACAUAAAUUAGUUAUAGAUAAGCAAAGUCAAGCACUCGACAAAAAUGUUUACGGGCGUCGGCCACUAGAUGGCUUCGCUUCGAUUAGUUUCUCAUUGCCCCUGUAAAUGGCAGCAACAAAUAACCUAUCCUAUAUUUUGUUUUUAAUGAAGGUGUGUGUAAAUUUUCAAAAACCACAAAUUGUUAAAAUUUAAUUGAUUUGUCUAUAACAAAUAAAGACUUGUAUGAUUUUGUUUUUAUUUUUUUAUUUUCUGUGUUUAGUUGUACAAUAAUUAAAUUCCUUAACUUUAACAACAUAUAAGUUUAGGGGCAUCCGCUACAAGAUGUCGCUAGUUUCCAUACAAAAAAAUAUUUGUCUUAAAGUAUCGCAGUUUCAGAGCCCUGACUGUUUAUUCGUGCGUUAUAUUAAUUAUGUUUUCGUGAAUACGCAGCGGAUAUAGAAAAACAUAUAAAUGUGGAUUUGUAAUUUAUGUAUAUGGGAUCUUAAGGGAUACUUUCCGUACGUGAUAAAAUAAAAACAUACUUUAGGCGUAGUUGUAAUAAGGUCUAUUUUACUGUUACGCUUUUAUUAACUACAGAAGUAUGCUAGUAUUUAACGGAAUCUGUGAACAUGAUUUUGACCCCCUUCAAAACGUCGGAUUAAUUCGAAAUUUGGUAUACUUAUUAAGGACCGAUGACAAUUCAAUAUUUAAAAAAAAAUUGGAAAGCUUGAAAUUCAACUAAAAAAUGAAAAAUAAACAAUAGUUUAAAAAAAACUACCAAAUUUUCUUACACUAUAUUUAAAUUUAUUUAUUUAUUUAUUUAUGUACACACAGAAAACAAGACACAGUACAGAGUAAUAGGAAAAUUAUGUACAAAGGCACUGCUUAUUUCUUUGAGAAAUCUCUUCCAGCAGACCUGCGAGAGGAUAAUGAGAAUAAUAAAUAAAUUCAAAUGUAUGAAAAUUUAUUUUCUAUUUUUAGUUGGAUUUUCUAUAAAAAAAAACGUAUUUUAUUAGUUUUUUUAAACUAUUAUUUAUUAUCAAUGUGUAUAUGGGCGCAAACGCCACUGUUGGCAAUAAUUAACAUAAUAAUAUAUAGUUUAGUUUAUUAUAUGUUAAUAUUUAUUUAUUAUUAGCAACAAAACUGUUGUUCUACCAUAUUUAAUAAUUAGCAGACACUGUUUUGAUGUGAAAAUGUUCAGAAUUGUUUAAUGUUUAUAUUAUUGUUUAAAAACACUAAUAACUGUAUAAAUGAUUAAAUAUGAAUAAAGCAUAAAUAUUAAUAAUAAUUUAUAUUAUAAUUAACAGUACUAAUAAUUUAAUAAAGUAUUGUAAUUGUUAUGCAAUGAUGUUGUUGGCGCCAUCUAUUAUUAGGCUGGAUAAUAACAAUGUUAGUUAAUAUUACUUAAAAGUAAUUCAUGUAAAUUAAAUUAAAUGUGAGUCAUGUAAAAUCACUAAAAUAUGUAUUUUGAAUAUUAAGCUAUGUUUUGUGAAUUGUUUCGCAGUAAUUACAUUUGUUUGUAUAAAAGAAGUUGUAGUUGCUAUAACCAACACAAAAUGGCUAAUUGUGUAAAAACCACUGAAUAACUCAGGCGUAGCUUUUUGUUGUAAACAAGUAAUGUUAAAGUUUUAUAGAAUUGUAUUGUAUUUUCAUUGUAAAAGAACUUAUGUGUGUAAAUCCUGGCUUAACGCCGACAUGUACGUACCGAUGUAUCGAUAAGAUCGGCGUAUAAAGAAAUCUUUAGUCGCGAAUAUUGGAAUUGGAUCGCUUUUAAUCCGUGACUAGUGGAAACGCGUAUAAGGAGCUUUUACUGUAUGCGAGAUCAUUUCGUAUCGUAUGGCCUCAUCCUAAACAACAAAUGUACUACGCUAGAGAAAUUUUGCUGUCUCUUACGUUUGAAUCGGCGUUACCAAAUAAAUAAAAUGUAUGUUGUAGUUAAAA